GCACUUGCAUCCCUAUCUCACUCGAGACUCACCCGCAUCUCUCCCUCACGCAUCACCGGCGCUGGUGCCCUGUGCCUCGCCCUCUCUCACCCGCACCACCUCUCCCCGAGCCCCUCGCUCGCUCGCGUCACCGGCGCCCUCUCCCCGUGCGCGUCGCCAAUGCUCUUUUCCUCUCAUAUCUCUGUCUGCAUAUUUAAAAAUGGGAUUUUCCCCCUCCGGCUCUCCGAUCUUGAGAGGUGGUGCUCGAUCUGCGAAGCUGCUACUGGUGGUCGCCUGCCCGGAGCUGCUGCUGCCUGAAUCUGGUAGCUGCACUGUAGAUGUUCUUCUUGAGCUGGGACCGCUUGUUGGUUUCUGCUACAAGAGGGAGGAGGCGAUGUCGGCCAAGUACCUGCAGGCGUUGGAGAGGAGAGGCGACUGGAGAUGCACUGGCGUCGACUGCGUGUGUCUCAUCCUCAGCAGAAACGUGCCCUUCGGCCUCCCCAUCAGCCACACCCUCGCCAUUUGCUUCCCCAAGGUCUGCAAGUCCCUCUCCGUCCAGCUCAUGUGCAGAGAUACAGCAACGCAAAUCCCAGCUCCACGUAAAUUACCCUCAGGCUCCCUCUCUACGUAAUUCUUCUUGCUUAACCUACCACUGCCAUUGUACAAGUGAGUGUACAUUACUGAAUGAGACGGCGACACCACCAACGGUUGAAUCACCGCCCACCACUACCACAAGAGGCUUCUCCCCCCAGGUUGCUAUCUUCUCACUUCACCUGCACCUGCUUUUCCUUGCUGGAGUAUAAAUUGGUCGAUAUAAAGUGUAGCUUGGAUAGUUGCUUGAUAUAAAGUGUACUCCAGAACAAACUCUGGUUCUGCAAAAAAGAAC